AGAGGAACCUGAUAGGGAACCUGUUCCCAAAUCUACCUGGUUUUGGUUACAUAUCUGGUUACGUAUCUGGUUCUUCGCAACGACCUAUCUGGAUGGGAUUCUCAAGCAGCUCCAGCAUGACAUUACUUUCCAAAUGAAGGUCCUGACCUACAAGAAUUCCAAGUUCAUGGACGAACACCGCUUCCACUUGCGGAAGGAUCAGCUGGAAAAAGCCAAACGUCGGACUACAGACCUGUUGGAGAGAAUUGCUAAGGAGAAACCCGAAGAAGAGAUUUCCCCAGCCUUUCAGGAUAUGCUGGAGUUGGGAGUGUUGGAGGCCAUGAAGGCGUUGGAGGAGGCCCGUCAGGAUGAUUAGGCAGCCAGCUUGGGCAGGUCAUGUUUGGUAACCAGAUAGG